CCCACGGGCAGGAGAUUACAAUACCGCAGCAAGGAAGGUAAUCGGGAACAGAUAUAGCCGCAUUUUACAAUACCCACUUCAGGCAGCUGUCUUUCUUUCUCCUACCUCCAUGCCAGCAGAUCAUUCCAAGUCCAAUCCCGCCACCCGCAACAGAAGGCCCGUUCGCAAAGAUGUCGAGGAGGACAAGCUAGACACCUCCCAUGUCCGUGAAAUUGAAUUGAAGCGAAGCAGGGGUGAAAUCUCGUGCGCAGAGUGCCGUAGACUCAAGAUUCGUUGCGACAAGACAAUUCCAUGCCAGUCAUGCCAGCGUCGGGGAUGUGCAGCGUUAUGUCCAAAUGUCUUGCCACGGGCCAAGGAACACGGUACUGCAUCUGUGUCGAUCAUGUUGAAAUUGGAAUCUCAUGUGUCGUACAGGUUUGUAUUGGCUGCAACAGAGCAUCUACACAAACGAAUAGCAAAGAUGGGCGAACGCAUACGACAGCUUGAAGAUGCCUUGGCGAUACUACAAGCGAAAUGCUCCAAUGAGCCACAUCCACUUCUUCGAGACGAUGCGCUGGUAAACACUAGCGCGGAGAAAGAAAGUGAUGGACCAGUCUCUAACCAAACUCCUGUUAAGCCGGCGGACGUGAUCGAAGCUUUUGGCACGUUGUCGGUGUAUGACCAUGGCGUGUCUCGCUUCUUUGGCCCAACCGGCGGAACAGAGUAUCUGUUAUAUACAGAGAGUGAUUCACCUGUCGUGUCCCCGAAUAACAGUAUUGGCAGCAAAACUCCAGAGUCUUUUCGUGACUCUAUGAGUCCUCCAGUAAAUCCAGACUUGUCGCGAUUUUCCGCCGCGUUCCCGUUCACACCAAUGGGUCCUGUCAACGCUGUUAUGGAAUUGAUUGAGAGCCAUCUACCAAGCUGGGAGAGGGCAUGUCAUUUGUGCGAGUCGUAUCUCCAAAAUGCCGCAUGGUUGUUUCGCGGAGUGUCUCAGCAACAGCUGCAACUCGAGAUGUUACCUUCGAUCUAUCAUCGACCUAUACCCGAGGAAGCCGCCCAGGUUGAUUACAGCGGGCCGCACGAUUUCGCUCUUCUAUAUCUUAUCUUCGCGCUUGGCGCCGUAAUGGACCUCAAACAAGAUCCGUAUAAUUCGGAGGGCGAACAUUAUCACCAGCUUGCCCGAGCCGCUUUGGUCCUGCAGCCGAUAUUGGAAAAGCCUUCCGUCGUGACUAUACAGGCUUUGCAUUUACUGAGCGUGUAUAAUGGUAUGUCGGGUAAUGAGCUUGGUGGCGGUGAGACGAGUCUGGAGACUACUUGGUCGCUGGUUGCGUUUGCUGCCCAGCUUUCUCAUAGUAUUGGUCUACAUCGAGACAGCGCGCGCUGGGGGUUACCCGAAGCUCUUGUAAAUAGGCGUCGCCUGUUGUUCUGGAACCUCUUCGUCGCGGACUCGUGGCAGAGUCUAACGACAGGCCGACCUCCAGCCUUUUCACGAGACUAUAUUGACUGCAAGUUCCCAGCGUCGGAAGACGACCCUUCCAAGGAGACCGAUCCUGAACAUGAUUUUGGGACCUGGGGAUUCCGUUUCGCUUUCCAAUGUGUCGCUGAAGUCGCAGCUCGCACACUAACAGCAGAAGCACCCUCAUACGCAACCAUCAUGGAGCUCGAUCGCAAAGUUCGAGAGUUCCCUAUCCCUGCAGACGCUUCUGCGUUCUUGGAAGAUAUCAAAACACCUGCGGACCCCGAUGAAGAGAUUCCUUUGUCGGUGUCUAUGACGCGUUUCGUGCUCUCGCAUUCGCGAGAAGUGAUUCUGCUUUCGAUUCAUAGGGCAUUCUUCGCACAGGCAAUCCUCGAUUGUCCCGAGAACCCACUGAGAAGUCAAUACGCUCCUUCGUUUCUGGCAUCCUAUCGAGCUGCAACAACUAUCCUAAAAGCCAUCAACGACCAAUUCAAUAUCCUACCAACGCUAUGCGCGCGGUUCUGGGUCAUCUGGACCUAUGCAUUCUCUUCCGCAGUCGUCUUCGGCACCGUUGUAACAAGGGGUCCGCGCUCACCAUUGGCGCAGCAAGCAAUCACGAAGCUUGACACCGCUUGUGAAUUAUUCACGAAGGCGGCAAAGCUCAGCCGACGCGCAGCUCGUGCCUUGCCUCUGAUAACGAAACUUCAGGAGAAAGCGCAUCACGCUUUUAACAACACCCAGUCAGAUAGGCCAGGUGACGGUGCGCUCUGGAGUAUACACCCCGAAGACGAAAACGCCGAUGAGUUAGAAAUCUUCGCUGGCAAGACAAGAUUGGUGGAGACAAAGCGACCUUCACCGGUGAUGAUGAUGCAGAACGCAUCUUCAGACUUCCCAGGACUUCACUUGGAUACCAGUGGUGUUUAUAAUUCAGAUUACGCUGCCCCUGUCAUCUCGCCACCUUCUGCCCCACAUAUCCCUCCUUUGCCUGGCCUCAACGCGGCCUCAGACGCAUCAUGGUAUUCCCAGGCGUACAACGUCCCUUAUCCUACGCAAUCAGCACCCUCGAAUCAACGGACAGACUAUUCUGUCAGUCCAACAUAUGACCAAAUCCCAUCUUCGGCAUCUUCUUACGGGGGACAACCAUGGCCGCCGCAGUCGCACACAUCUAGCCCACUUCACCAACAGAAUGCACACCUGCAACUUCCCCAGCUCCCUCAACUACCUCGCCAAGUCUCACAAACACAUUCUCAACAACAACCCUCACCCCCAUCAGCGCAACCUUCACAACGACAACCCCAGUACAGACUUUCUCCCCUACAUAUGCAAUACGGAGAACCUUCCACUUCCGCCCCUCAAUAUCGUCAAGCACCCUCACACCUCCAACCACACCAGAUCCCCUCACAACAUCAACAGCAACAGGCAUACAUUUCUGAUCGUCCUCAGGCUGGUCAAGAAAUGUAUCCCGCGGCUCCUGCAUUCCAAGGUGUCACAGAUGCGUAUGUUCCACCAGCUGAACUUGUGAACCUCGGACUUGCCUCCCGAGAUUCGCGGUUAGACGAACGGUGGACUUCCUUCAUGCAUGAUAGCGGAUAUCUAGACACGAAUAAUUUCCAGUCUUAAUUUAUCGUCUGUCUAUCUGUACACACGUUUGUUCAUCUUCACAAACAACCCCCGUCAUCGCGUUACCUCCUACAUCUGUAAUAUUUUGCUCUCUCUUGCUGUGCCUUGCCCAUCAUCGUCUUGAUCAAUCUGUACAAAGCCACCUUAGAUGUAACUAAACCCUUGUUUGUUCGCAUACUUGUUUUCUUGGUGGAACAAGGGGACAAUGUGUUGUAUAUCGUCUUUCUUGCACUAUUUUUCUUGUAAAGGUCUAUUUGUUAUUCAAUUCUCUUACCUUCGUCUUCUGCAUGUAAUAGAUCCUAUUGGCUUAUCUGUAAUGCAAGCGCUUCUCCAUACUUCUGCCCUCUGAAAGCCUGAUAUUGUACAUGUUCU